UCUGAUCCGCGGUGCUGUAACUUCCCCGCCCUGCCUGCACGGCUCCUGGCUUCCUGUCCCGCUCCCAGGCAGCGGAUCUGCUGGUUUCCCAUCCCUCUCCUGGGCAAAGGGCCAGGCAGGCGGCAGGCCAGUCACCUGGCUGCCUUGGCAUCGAGCCCUCGAACAGCAGCCCCUGGCAGGGAGCCUGGAGCUGGGAAUGACGGAGGGGCAGGAGGGAUAGCACCAGAACCAUGGGUAGAACCCAGGAGUCCUGGCUCUGUCCCGCCUGCCGGCACUCUAACCACUAGACCACACUCCCCUGCCGGUGCUAACUGCAUCUCCCCUCCACAGCUCUUUGAGCCUGUGAGCUGCACCUACACCUACCUGCUUGCGGACCUGAAGACCAAGGAGGCAGUUCUGAUCGACCCAGUUCUGGAGACGGCCAAGCGGGACGCGGAGCUGGUGAAGGAGCUGGGCCUCAACUUACUGUAUGCAGCCAACACCCACUGCCACGCCGACCACGUCACGGGCACCGGGCUGCUGAAGAAGAUGCUGCCAGGCUGCCGCAGCGUGAUCUCCCAGGACAGCGGGGCCUUGGCCGACAUCCUCAUCCGCGAGGGCCACGCCCUGGAAUUCGGGGCCUUCGCCCUGGAAGCCCGCUCCACCCCCGGACACACGGACGGCUGCCUGACCUACGUGCUCAGUGACAGGACCAUGGCCUUCACCGGGGACGCCCUGCUGAUCCGGGGCUGCGGCCGCACCGACUUCCAGCAGGGCUCCCCGGAGACCCUGUACCGCUCCGUGCACGAGAAAAUCUUCACACUCCCUGGAGACUGUCUGAUCUACCCCGCCCACGACUACACGGGCCAGACGGUGUCCACUGUGGAGGAAGAGAGGACCCUGAACCCCCGACUGACCCAGAGCCGUGAGGCCUUUGUCCAGCUGAUGAACAGUUUGAACCUUCCUGAACCCCAACAAAUUGAUUUUGCCGUCCCAGCAAACCUCAAGUGUGGGAUACAGGAUGCAGCAACUUAGCCCCGCCCUCUUUCUCCAAUGCCACGCCCCUUGUGUUAAGCCCCACCCACCUCAUCAUAGGCCAUACCCUCUCGUUGACCCUCAUGAUGAUGGAAGGUCCUUUGGCCUGGGGCUGGCUGUCCCUGACUCUCACUCGGGUCCCUGCCCUUAAGCAAAAUCUGGGGGCUCCCUCUUUGGGGUCCUGAGUGGGGGGGCACAUUCCUUAAGUGGGCAGAGGGUUAGUGAUCUUCAACCAUGGAAGCUUCCCUUCCCCUGCUGCAACGUCCCCACCAAUUCCUCUAACACCACCGGUUGGGCAUUAGGGAGUUUGCACCUUCCUCUGCAUUUUCUGUGGGGUGGGAGGAUCCCCCUAGCCUCCAUGGGGGAGCAAAGCCCCCCCCAUUCCCUGAGCCUGAUGUGCAGACAGUGGGGAACCCUGGAAGCCGGUGUUGGGGUCUGAGAGAGGCCCCAGUCCCCCAUAGUCUCUAUUUGAAUGACAGGGUGCCCGGGCGGCCCCUGCUCGGUUCUGUUAGGCCCUGCUUCCAACCCGCUCUGCAGGGCUCCCUCUGCUUGCUGUUUGCACUAGCUGGACUGUCUCUGCUCCGUGGGGUGUCGGCACCUCCGGGCCGGGAGUGGGGCUCCCCCACUCUGGACUGGGAGGGGAGGCCCCUGUCUGUGACUGUGGCUCAGUCUUGAGGGGGACAGGAUGGGGUUGGAAAUGAACCACUGGGGAGAUAAUAAAGUUGUGUUGGACGCA